AUGCCGACCCUCGCCAUAGAGCGUGCCGGCCAGGCCGAUGUGCACCUCCUUCAGGGCUGCUGUAUUGAAGCCGAACGCGCUGAUAUAGUUGCCAUUCGUCUCGAUGGUCUUCGCCUUGCUUUGCCCGAGAAUUUUCACCCACAUAUGAUGGCAGUCAUUGAAGAAAUUCGCGGUUGUGCCCGCAUACUGCGAGAUCUUGCUGACCGCGGCCACGUCCAUAUUUUCCGCGUGCCUAUGACGCUCAACUACCUCAACCUCGUCCUGCCAUGUUUGUCCCGCACACUCAGAGAUAUGACCAUGUAUUACGAGGAUAAGACUGUUCGUAAGGAAAUUCGGUGGCGCAGGAUGUACAAUAAAAUGAAGGACGAGGUGGAAGGGCUGCCCCUCCCUCAACGAUUCGUGGUGUACAAUCACUUCCUUACCAUGGUCCGGCGGCUUUUGACUCAGUCGAAAAACUUUGACUUCGAUGCGCUGGACGUGCUCAACAACCGAAUCAUGAGGUUUCGAGAACUCCGCGGCAUAUUGCCACCUGCAAACCAGGCAGGCCCUGUCGUCCGUCGAGAAGUCAUGGCCCUGACUAUACCCGUGGCCCAAGAACCGAAUGGCCACUGGGCCGAGCAGAUCUUUUCCAUCCCUCUUUCAUCUCGCGCUAAACAUACAGAAAUGAUCUUGUUCCAUUGCACGUUCAUGUCGCUGAAGUCCCGGAACGCCUUGACUAUCCAGAUCAGCCCCAAGGAAUACAAGCUGUCAAGCGAACGCCGACUUUUCCAGGCCCAGAUAAUAGACGACGGCUUUAAGCAUUCAUUGAUCGUAUAUGAGGAUGUCGAAACCAAGGGGAUCCGUCUUCAUGCCGCCGUUUGGGAAGGCGAGCUUCGCCGCUGCCCCGUGUGGACGGCUUUCGUAACCCAUCAGUCAUCCUCCCUCACAUGGCUCCACCGCAAGUCCGCCCACCGCCUCUGGCUCCGUGAUAUCCACAUCUACGUCUUCUGCUCCCGCUACCGGUCCCAUAACCAACGACCCGGCCCCGCCGGCGCCUUUGAGCUCUAUUUCGUCGAGACUGUGGCCGCUGCGCACUUUCGCGACUUGUUCAACCCCCUAAGGCCGUCUGCCGUCACGGCGGCACCCUCUUCGUACAAGGCGACUGUAGAGGAGGGAGACGAUAGUUGUUGA